GUGGACGGGACGCGUCUUCAACAACAACAACACGGCUACUAUGGAUUUAACUGCCUCGGUAGAUUGCUAGCCAAAAUUUAAACAACUAAAAUAUUAAAGCUCUUUACAUGGUUUCGGUGUAUAUUAACCACUGUAUUUUAAACACACUUUUUUCGUCUUAUCCCGUUUAAAUUAACAUUUACUCUGUUGUUAUUAGUCAGGUAGCCCGGUUUGAUAAAUUGGCCUAGCACUAGGCUAGUCGCUAAUGCUAACUAGCUAGCUAUCAUCCUUGACCAUGAGUUCACUAAACUACUCUCCUCUUGCUAAAGAAGAAGAGGUCUGCUGGACGGAGAAAGAGGGUCUGUGGCUGAAUGUUGUCGUGAAAGAGGAGAAGGAAGAAGAGGAUGUCACAGUAAAACAAGAAGUAGAAGGUGAUGCUGUUACAGUGAAAGAAGAAGAGAAAGACUCGUUCAGAGUGAAAGAGGAGGAUGUUACAGUAAAAGAAGAGGAGAAAGAGAAAGAGGAGGAUGCGGUUUUUGGAGUGAAAGAGGAGAUGACUGUCAUAUCGAAAAAGGAGGAAGAAGAGGAGGAGGAGACAGGAGACCUGAUUAACACCAGAGAGAGACGGGACUAUCUUGGGUCCUCCGGGGAGCCUCAACAACAACAUGAUGCUGACGAGGUUGAGAAGAGUCUCUCCACGUCAGAACACAUCAAGAAACACCCGCAGAGAUUAAUCUAUUCAACAGAACUUAAAAGACAUCAGAGAAUCAAUACAGGAGAAAAACUUCAUAGCUGUGAUCAAUGUGGGAAGAGUUUUGCUAAGGCAGGAGGCCUGGCAACACACCACAGAAUACACACGGGAGAAAAACCUUACCACUGCUCUGACUGUGGAAUGAGCUUUGCUACCUCAAGCCAGCUGAUAAGACAUCAGAAAACACACACAGGAGAAAAGCCUUAUUGCUGUGAUCAGUGUGGGAAGAGAUUCAUUCAAUCAGCGAACCUGACUGUACACAAGAGAAUACACACUGGAGAGAAACCGUACCACUGCUCCAACUGUGCGAAGAGCUUUUCUACUUCAAGCGGAUUGAUAACACACCAGCGAACACACACAGGAGAGAAGCCUUACCACUGCUCUGACUGUGGAAAGAGCUGUACCACCUCAAGUGCACUGAUAUCACACCAGCGUACACACACAGGAGAGAAGCAUUACCACUGCUCUGAUUGCGGGAAGAGUUUUGCUACUUUAAGCAACCUGACACAACACCAGCGAACACACACAGUAGGAAAGCCUCAUAGCUGUGAUCAAUGUGAGAAGAGAUACUCCCAUCUAAUGUCUCUGAUUAAACAUCAGAAAAUACAUGAAGAAGAUACAGACCUAGGUAGAAGAACACAGAGUGUAGAAUGAUCUCCAACACCAGACCUGGGUAGAAGAACACAGAGUGUAGAAUGAUCUCCAACACCAGACCUGGGUAGACGAACACAGAGUGUAGAAUGAUCUCCAACACCAGACCUGGGUAGUAGAACACAGAGUGUAGGAUGAACUCCAACACCAGACCUAGGUAGUAGAACACAGAGUGUGGAAUGACAUCCAACACCAGACCUGGGUAGUAGAACACAUAAUGUGGAAUGAUCUCCAACACCAGACCUGGGUAGUAGAACACAGAGUGUGGAAUGACCUCCAACACCAGACCUGGGUAGUAGAACACAGAGUGUGGAAUGACCUCCAACACCAGACCUGGGUAGUAGAACACUGAGUGUGGAAUGACCUCCAACACCAGACCUGGGUAGUAGAACACUGAGUGUGGAAUGACCUCCAACACCAGACCUGGGUGGUAGAACACAGAGUGUGGAAUGAUAUCUUUGUGAUAACUUUUGAUGCAGCUGGUUCAACUUGUUUCAUCCUUCAGUAUUUCUUAAAUAAUACUAUUGACAGCUCUAAUGUCAAAUGAUCAGAUGUCCUAGUUUGUAAAUGAUCAAACAUUUAUAGAAACAUUUUAUAGAAUAAACAUCAGGGACAUAUGAAAACACCUGUGGAACGCUUCUCGGUUGCCCCGGCAACAAUUCCCAUAACAUGAUGCUGCCACCACUAGACUUGAAAAGAGGGUUUUACUCAGUGUUGUGCUGGAUUGGAUUUUGACCUAAAUUGUCGUUUUUAAUUUCGUCCCAAAAAGUUAUUUCACCAUUAUUUAACUAGGCAAGUCAGUUAAGAACAAAUUCUUAUUUUACAAUGACGGCCUACACCGGCCAAACCCGGACGACGUUGGGCCAAUUGUGUGGCUCCCUAUGGACUGAACCAGCUAACGGAACAUUGAACCAGCUAACAGAACAUUGAACCAGCUAACGGAACAUUGAACCAGCUAACGGAACAUUGAACCAACUAACGGAACAUUGAACCAACUAACGGAACAUUGAAUCAGCUAACGGAACAUUGAACCAACUAACGGAACAUUGAACCAACUAACGGAACAUUGAAUCAGCUAACGGAACAUUGCACCAACUAACGGAACAUUGAACCAACUAACGGAACAUUGAACCAACUAACGGAACAUUGAACCAACUAACGGAACAUUGAACCAACUAACGGAACAUUGAAUCAGCUAACGGAACAUUGCACCAACUAACGGAACAUUGAACCAACUAACGGAACAUUGAACCAACUAACGGAACAUUGAACCAGCUGACGGAACAUUGAACCAACUGACGGAACAUUGAACCAACUAACGGAACAUUGAACCAACUAACGGAACAUUGAACCAACUAACAGAACAUUGAACCAACUAACGGAACAUUGAAUCAGCUAACGGAACAUUGCACCAACUAACGGAACAUUGAACCAACUAACGGAACAUUGAACCAGCUAACAGAACAUUAAACCAACUAACGGAACAUUGAAGCAGCUGACGGAACAUUGAAUCAGCUAACGGAACAUUGAAUCAGCUAACGGAACAUUGCACCAACUAACGGAACAUUGAACCAACUAACAGAACGUUGAACCAGCUAACAGAACGUUGAGUCAGUUUUACAUAUUCCUAAACAUGUACAGUGUUCCAAAUGUCAUAUUGUUGAUAAAUAUGUAGUUCUCUUAUAUUUUAGUUGAAUCUGUAUUUGUUUUAUACAAAUCACACCGUAAUACCUGAGGGUAAUCAUUUUUAUUUUAUUCAAUUGAGUAUUGUAACAAGUAUAAAAAAGCGAAUGUGUUUGA